CACUACGAACGGGGAAAAUCUCAUAUAUUCCCUUAUACGGGCCUGACACAUGGGCCCUUAUGAACGGAAGUUUGCACGCCGUCGACGAAGCGAGGACCGAGCCGUGGCUCGAGACGUCGCCGGCGUCCUGAUCCGUGGAUCAGAUCAGUGGCUUUCCGGUAGCGGUGGUGGUUGACGCUGUAAAUGACGUAAGUGGGCCGCCGGCUGCUAGGGCAGUGAACUUGGAUUAGGCCUUCUUCCCAGGCGGUUGUAAGGUGGGGAAAUCUACUGCGGCGAAGGCGACUGCGGUCUCUAGCGAGCUCACGGGUACUCCGGCGGCCAUGGAGUUCCUGAUGCAACCGAUAAACAGAACACUGCUAGAGGAGGUGAAUGAUAACAACAGCACGAUGGAGCCCGUGCAGAUGUUGAGAUGCCAGUACCAGCAGCUUCUAGUGCGGACGGCCAGAACUGUCGUGAUGAAGCAGCUGUUGAGGGUGGAAGUGCAGAUAAGGCUCCGUGUUGGGAGCAGUCUAUAGAGCAAUUAGACCCAAAGACACGGGGGCGCCGGACACAAAGGUGCUGGAGCCUAGUGGGCGGGAGAUAUGGCGUGAGUGUGUACAAAUGGGCGAUGGGGUCUGGCUCAUGGAGUAGCUCACAGCCAUUCGGACUUGAGAGGGCCAAGAUGGGAGCUUCAAAAGUUUCCCGGACUGCAUCUUCGUUGACCAGAACUGAAGAAUGCUCCAAGGCGUGCAAUGGUUCGAUUCAGGCCACAAUGCAAGCAAACGCAGAUUCAGAAGCGUCAGUUAACCAGGGAGAUGAUCGUGUGCCUGUGAGUAGCGAGAACUCUGUGGUUUCCUCGCUCUCUCUCCAGGUUAGCGCCGGUGCGAAGUUGGAGAGGCAGAGGAAGGAGGUGAACCGAAUGUUGCUGCUCAUGAGUUGCGAAUGAAGAUGCAGAAGAGGGGUACGGCCAGCACGACCCUGUUGGAACAGAAUCAACGGCCCAAUCCGUCCUCGUCCGUCUGAUCCACGUCGCAGCUAACUGACGGACUUAUCUGAUCUGUGGGCCACAUGCUAUUUCGGGAAAUAAGAACGAGGAGCACAUACCCGUUGCUAUACAGUCUGCGGCACAGAUCGCGAGAUGAAUAAAUGGUACCGAUUCCGAGCUCCUGUGAGCUCGGGCUCACAUAGGCAUUUUCGGUUAUUUAUGCUCUUAUUUGUCCCUUUUUCUCGUGUUCCGUGGUAUGAACGUUUUACCAAUUGCUCCGUUUAAAAUGAUAUGAGAGCAUCUAUUUUCUUGGAGUGGUUAUUUAUCAGGUGCCCUGGAAAUAUUUAUUUUAUUAGUCAGUAUUUAUGGCCGCUGGAUGAGCCUUGGAAA